AUGGCCGCCAUCCGUGCGCUGCAACAGUGGUGCCGGCAGCAGUGCGAGGGCUACCGCGACGUGAGCAUCACCAACAUGACCACGUCGUUCCGCGACGGUUUGGCUUUCUGUGCCAUCCUGCACCGCCACCGGCCCGACCUUCUGUGAGUGCCCUGCCGUGCCUGGCGCCCUUUGACCCCUCUGCAGAGCUGCGCGUCAACGCGGGCGAGUAAACUGGGGCUCGGGCCUGUUCCAGGCUUGGGGAAUGAGUCGGAACUCGUGGGCCACUGGCCCCAGAGGAAGCCGGUAUGGGAUUGGGCAGAGCCGGGUCCUGCAGGCACAGCCCCUGGGGACCCCCGGAAGGUCCUCCGAAGGCUUCUGGUGGCCUCAGUCUGCCAGUCCACCAAGUGGAGCUGGACCCAGGCCAGGACAUCCAGCCGCCCCUGCUGGCUUAGUCAGUCCGUGACUCAAGGCAGUGUCCUGGGUUCUGGCCACAGCCUCCUUCCUUCACUUGUUCCCUGGGGCCCUCUGAGACCCUUCCUGUCAAAAAUUAGAUCCAGAUUAGAUCACUCAGGAUUCCAGUGUGAGCUAUGCCUUCCUGCCAGCAGAUCCUGGCGCCUUUGGGAGUGCAGCCUGGAACCUCUAUGGGGGGAGGGCAGAGCAGGAACCCCUGAUACCCCAGGUACUGUUGGACAGGCCUCUGCACCACAGGGAGGUAGAGGAUGAGAUGGAGAAUGGACCCCUAUCCCUGGAAGCUGCAGGAGGUGGGAAGGGGUUGGGGUGGCAGGCCAUCUCCCCCCAGGAGGGUCUUGACCGGGGUGGCCGAAAGGCUGGCCCUGCCUUAUUGCCAAUUCAUGGCCCAAGUCUGGACCUGCUCCAUUGAUUAUUCACUCAACACCCUUUGCCUGAGUGACUGGGACCAAGAUUGCUGAAACAGAGACCUGUGCGCCUAGGCUGGGUGACUAGAGUCUCAGGAAGUGAGGAAGGGGGUCCUCAGAAGGCCGCCUGCAGCCCAGAGCACUUUCUGGAAAAAGCAUUCUCCUGAGAAGCUGUGGUUGCGGCUGUGGUGGGGGGUAAGUGUGCCAGGGAGGCCUUGGGGCUGGGAGGGGCUUGCUGGAUGCUGGCAUCAGUCAGACCCCUUGCUGUGAAGAUGGAGAAAUUGAGCCCAGAUAGGAGGGGUUUGGGUUACACUAAGCAGAGCCAGGGUUGGCACCAGGACCUCUUCCUGUACCCUCAAGCACUGUCCCCCCAGACCACUCCAUAGGUUAGCCAGGGUCUUGAGCAAGAGGCCUGGGCUCUGGCCCUGAGGUUGUAAAAUGCAUUUGUGGACCUGCCUGGGAGCCUCUGCCUCCCUCAAGGAUGUGCCUCAAUCACCCGUGGAGGCAGAAGAUGUUGGGCAGAAGAUGCAUUCACAUUGAAAGCCCAAAGCUGAGCUCUGAUGGGAGAGGGCCAGGGACCUGGAUCCUGGGCGAAGGACCACUUUAGGGAGGUUGGCAGUCCAGACCCCACUGGCGUGCAGGUCCCAGGUGAGGCUGGCUGGUGGCUGAGAUAAGACCCACAUGAAAGGUCUUCAAGUGGAGGUAAAGAUGGUACUGCAGAACACUGGCCCAGAAUCUGGUCAGCAGGUAUCACUGGAGGUUUGGGUCCCUCCUAGCCCUGGGAGCUUCCAUCUGUUCCCAGUUAUGCUGAGGUCAGUGGCCUACGUGUGCAUGUGUGCACCUGGCCCAUCCCUGCUCCCAGGGAAGCACAGAUACACACACGUGUGUAUGUGUGCUGGCACAAGCAGGCAUCAUAGAUCCAUUCAUUUAACUGAUAGUUACUGUGUGCCUGCUGUGUACCCGUCAUUGUGUACUGUAUAAGAUACCCUUGGCCCCCAAAUGCAGAGAGCAUCAUUCUAGUCUCAGAGACAGAUAGUAAACAGGUAAAUGAAUCAAAGCUCAAGAUGACUCCCAAUAAUGGAGGGGCCAAAACAAGAAGGAGGCUGGAGGAAGGAGAGGCCAACCACCUGCAGCAACAUGGAGACAUGGGCUUAUUUCUGCUGCUUCUGUUAUUGUCUGUCUGUCUCCACUGGACUGCUAGCUGCACGGGUUGGAGGUGUCUGUUUUGUUCACUGCUAUAUCUGCACUGAGUUCAGCAUGUGGUCAGGGCUCUUCGGGUAUGGCGGGACGUGGUAGCUGCUCAGCGGGUGCCCAUGUGCAGAAGGAAGCAGGAGGCCAUGUGCCCACAGAACAGGCCAUGGGAUACCUCUGCUGGAGGAGGCAGGCCCAGUGCCUCUGGAGUUGACGUUGGACUUCUGGCCUCCGGAAGCGAAGACCCUUUGGCCGCAGAAGAGUGGAUGUCCUGUCUGGUAUUCCUAGUUUUGCCACCAGGAAGUCCUGCCCUUUGUCUGGUCUGAGUCCUUCCUGCUGCAUGCUGAGUGCACUUCCGCUUGGCCCUCAGUGGAGAGCAGCUGUGAAGGAACAAGCCUGGCGCUGAGCCAGCCAGGCACAUGUGACCACAUUGGCGAGCCCCACAGGGACCUAAGAGGGACUUUGAUGCUCUCAGGAAAGAAAACAUUUAUGAAAACAACAAAUUGGCCUUCCGCGUGGCUGAGGAGCAGCUGGGCAUCCCGGCCUUGCUAGACGCUGAGGACAUGGUGGCCCUGAAAGUGCCUGACCGGUUGAGCAUCCUGACCUAUGUGUCCCAGUACUAUAACUACUUCUGCGGCCGGUCCCCCAUUGGGGGUAUGGCCGGUAUGAAAAGGCCCCUGUCGGGCUCCGAAGAGGAACCAUCUGGGAAGAAGGCCCCAGCCCAGCCACCCUCGUCCUCCCCAGCCCGGACAGACCCUGUCGCCCAGAGGAAGGGUGGGGGCACAGAAGAGCCACUCCCACAAGCUGGCCUGGUGUCGGUGGGCAGCUCGGUCAGCAGCACCUGUGGGGUCUGUGGCAAGCACGUGCACCUGGUGCAGCGGCACUUGGCUGAUGGGAGGCUCUACCACCGGAGCUGCUUCAGGUGUAAGCAGUGCUCCAACACGCUGCACUCAGGCGCCUAUAAAGCCACAGGGGACCCGGGAGUCUUUGUCUGCACCAACCAUUGUCCCACAGCCACCUCUGCAAGCACCAAGAUGCCAGGUCUGACAGCCAGACAGCCAGCGGCCAGCCCCAUGGACUCUAGGCCCCUCAGCACACCAAGGAAGGCCCAGGAGACAAAUGGGCCCCAGGCCAGGCCACCUGCCCGGGAGCCUGCCGUGGGCAACUCAACUGCCAGAGGUUUUGUUCCAGCUGCACCUAAAGCUCCAGCCACCACCUCCACCCACAUCCAUGUGCGGAGCCCAGCUAGGCCUGGGAUCGUGGAGAGCCUAGUGGCUUCUACCCCUGUAGAGGGCACAGCCCGCACACAUGUGACUAAUAGCUCACCAGUGGGGUGGUCAUCACCUUCCCAGGGCACGGUGGCACCCAGCUCCUGUCCUGUCAUGCCUCCAAGUGCCCUGGACCCUCGCCCGGCCCCCCCACCAGGCCUUGGACCCUCCCAUGGGGCCACUCCACAGACCAAGCUCAGUUCCAGCUCAGUGUCUCGAGGCCCAGCAGACUCCCCAGCCUGGACCCCUUCUGCCUCCAAGACCCAGCAGGCCCGAGAGAAGUUCUUCCAGAUGCCAGGAGUGCCCCCCAGCAGCAACCUGGCUGGCAGGGCCCUUGCUCCGGUGGGAGCUCCUGCAGACAGCAGCAGGGAGCAGGCCGUGAGCUUUCUCAGGAAGGCCCUCCCAGUGCUGGGGGCUGCCAGCACUCAGGCACCUGGCAGGCCUUCCCCAGCCACCUCCUCGGCUCCCACUUCUGUAACCCAAACCCAAGGGCCACAAGCACGUCCCUCAGCUGGGCCAUCACAGUCAAUGUCUCCCUGGGCCCUUAGUCCCCGCGUGAAGACAGAGCAGCCAACCCCCCUGAGUGUGGGCAGCACCUCACAGGCAUCCACAUCGCCAGGAGGAAGAGCGGGCAUGAGGAGCUUGGCUGUGUCUUCAGGGACCAGCAAUGUGGGCGCUGGCUCCAGGCUGAAGUCAGAGCCCCCAACAGCACAGAGCCCAAGUGCCAGCCAUGAGGGAGGCCAGGAGGAUGGGCCAGCAGGAUGGAGGGCCCGCCUGAAGCCUGUGAAUAAGAAAAACCCCGCUGAGAGGACGCUGGAGCUCAUGCAGCCACAGACCCUGGCAGAGCCAAAGGUUGGGGAAGCCCCCAGGAAGGUCCCCAGCAGCUUUACAGGAGGCAUCCAUGUCACCCUGACCCCUGUGCGGCCUGACAGGAGACUACACCCAGCCAGCCCUGGGCCUGGCCUCUCAGCCGCAUCCCCCUCCCCAUCCCACCGCAGGAAACUGGCCAUCCCCGCCAGCCUCAACAUUUCAGAUGACUGGCUUCGGCCUGAGCCCUCUGUGCAGGAAGGCCCAGCCCAGGGCUGGAAGAAGGAGGAGAAGCCCCAUUCUCAGAGCAAACCAGGGAGGCCCUCGGGCCCAGCCAGUGUCCCUGAUCUGCCUGGCAAGGCAGUGACCUCCCUGGUCAGGCGCCCUGACUACGUCCUGCAGGAGGAGAUCCAGAGGCAGGUGCAGAGCAUCGAGAGGCAGCUGGACGCCCUGGAACUCCGGGGCGUGGAGCUGGAGAAGCGUCUGCGGGCAGCCGAGGGAGAUGAUUCGGAGGACGGCCUCAUGGUGGACUGGUUUCAGCUCAUCCAUGAGAAGCAGCUGCUGCUGCGGCAGGAGUCAGAGCUGAUGUACAAGUCCAAGGACCAGCACUUGGAGGAGCAGCAGCUGGGCCUGGAGGGCCAACUGCGCAGGUUGAUGGCCAAACCUGAGGUUCUAAAGUCACCACAGGAGCGGCAGCAGGAGCAGGAGCUUCUGGACCAGUACGUGAGCACUGUGAAUGACCGUAGCACCAUUGUUGACCUCCUGGAUGAGGACCGGAUCAGGGAGCAAGAGGAGGACCAGGUGCUACAGGACAUGAUCCGGAAUCUGGGCCUCCAAAGGAAAAAAUCCAAGUUCCGCUUAUCCAAGAUCUGGUCCCCAAAGAGCAAAAGCACCCCUGAGUGAGCUGUCCAGCAGGGACUGCAGGGCUGCCCUGGCCCUACCAUUCAGACUCAGGAAGGGACUCAUGGUGUGGCCCUGGAGGGGGCACUCAGGACAGGAGGGGCCUGUGGCACCCUCUCUGGGUGCAAGACUCUCAAUAAAGAAAUUGACUGUG